UUUGCUAAUGUAAAGCUUAGGUAAAGGAAAUGCCAACAACUAAGGGAAUAAACAAUACUUAAAUAGAAAGAAAUCAAAAGAAUUAGAAGGUUGCUCAGAAGAGCAAAUUGUUGCUUCAAUUAUUCAAAUACAGGUAUAGGCAUUCAAUAGGGGCACUGAGGCAAUAAAUAUACUACCAAUUCUUGUUUUAUUGUUUCUGUCAGCUUAUAUGAAUUGAGGGAUCCUAAACUUUUAUGGAGUCAGGCUGCCAUUACUUUAGAUUCUCCUAUUACAACAGGAAAAGUUGUAGGUGAGAAAGAAUCCAUGGCCACAGUAUCUGCUAGAUGGCCAACUUUAAUAAUAACAGUGUGUUUGGUACUUUGUAUUCAGUCAAUUGCAGCAAAUAAAACAUCAGUACCAGCCCUUCUGGUCUUUGGGGACUCCACCUCUGACCCAGGCAAUAACAACUAUAUUCACACAGUUCUCAAGAGUAAUUUUCCUCCAUACGGAAGGGACUUCAUUGAUCAUCAUGCUACAGGCCGCUUCUGCAAUGGAAGGCUGGCUACAGACUUUAUUGCUGAGGGACUCGGAGUUAAGAAGACAGUGCCUCCAUACUUGCAUCCUAAUCUCAGCCCUCAAGACUUGGUGACUGGUGUGAGCUUUGCAUCUGCAGGGACUGGAUAUGACAAUCUGACAGCAUCUAUUUUGAAUGUUAUACCCAUGUGGAAAGAAAUAGAGUAUUUCAAGGAGUACCAAUUACUUUUGAAACAAAUGUUUGGUGAACAGAGAGCAUCAAACGUUAUAAACAAAGCCCUAUAUCUCAUCAGUACAGGAUCCAAUGAUUUCAUAGAGAAUUUCCUACAAAUUCCCAUCCGUAGGUUACAAUUCAGUCCUUCAGAGUAUGUGGAUUUUCUCAUUGACAUAGCAGACAGCUUCAUUAAGGAGCUUUAUAGCCUUGGGGCUAGAAGGAUUCUGGUAGCCGGCCUUCCACCCAUAGGUUGCUUGCCUUUGUUAAGAACCAUGAAUGUAUUGGGGCUUGGCCAAUGUAUGGAGGAAUACAAUGAUAUUGCUCUCCACUAUAAUGGAGAGCUCCAAACGACCAUUGAAAACCUGAGCCAUAAGCUUCCAGGUCUUGUAACUGUGUAUGGUGAUAUCUACAAAAUUACUUAUGAAGCUAUAUUCAAUCCUACCAAAUAUGGAUUUGAGGAAGUAGCAAAAGCUUGCUGUGGAUCGGGGACAAUUGAAGUGGGAUAUCUGUGCAACGAAUUGAUACCGUCUUGCAGGGAUGCAUCCACCUUUGUGUUUUGGGACUCUGUUCAUCCAACCGAAAGGCUAUAUAAGAUGGUUGCAAAUAAUCUACUCCAAAGUCUCAUUCCAAGGCUACUUUAGUUGCACAAUGGAACUUAAUUUUUCUUUUUCCUCUGAGGAUAUAUUAGUUUGGGCAGACAUGGAUGGUGCUUCCAACUAGUCUGAGCUAUAAGUUGACAUGAUGGUCAUUUGGGAAAUUGGAAUGGGUUCUUUUAUAGUUAAGGAUAUUAGGCGAUUUGUUUUUUAUUUAUAAAUGGCUUGGGUUCUUUUAUAGUCCACAAUACUGAUCGAUCUAUUUUUGGAUCUGCAAAUGACUUAUAGUAUAUGUCACUACUUUGUAUUCUAUGUACUCAACAAAAGAAGUAGUUACAAAUGAGACA